CAGCUUAUACUGUUUGAUCAUUUAAAGGGUGUAUUUAUGUGGAAUACAGUGGGUAAAAUAUAACAUCAUCAGUUUACUUCAGUCGUUUACAUGUCCAUCACCCUCAUCAGGUCACAGGAGAAACUGUACAGAAAGUCUCACAGUACAAAUAAAAAGGAUUUACUGGACAAAAACUAUUUUGAGAAGACAGCAGAAAACGGCUGUGUGAGCAGUCAUGGAGAGUCUGUUUGUGCUGCUUCUGUUGUCAGGGAUCUUCUGGGGCAGUUCUGCUGUUUCUCGUCAAUUUAACUAUAUAAACCUGCAAAUGUCGUGGCCAGAUGCUCAGAGUUACUGCAGAGAGAGAUUCACUGAUCUGGCUACUGUAGACACCAUGGAUGAUGUGAACAGGCUGUUAAAUUCAGUGGAUGCUGGAUACAGUGGAUCAGUGUGGAUUGGACUGAAGAGUGGGACAGAGAAACGCUGGAGUUGGUCGAAUGGAGAAAACUCUUCUCAGUACUUUAACUGGGCUUCAGGAAUGCCAAAUGAUGAUGGAUAUUGUGUAGCUACUUAUUCCGGCAGUUGGAUUGAUAUGCCAUGUAAUUUAGGGCGAUAUUUUGUGUGUUAUAAAAACACUACAUACUACAUGAUACAAAGUGCUGGACCUAUACCCUGGACAGAGGCUCAGAGUUACUGCAGACAGUAUUACACAGAUCUGCCCACAAUCCACAGCUCUGCAGAGAAUGAUAAUCUAACUGCAGCAGUUUUAAGGGGAUGGUACAUCUGGAUUGGUUUGUAUCGGGACACUUGGGAAUGGUCUGAUCAGUGGGAUCUCCAAUUCAGAUACUGGGCAAUAGGUCAACCAAACCAGAGAGUAGGACCUGACUGUGUCAGCAUGUCAACUGCUGAUUCUGGGAAGUGGAGGCAAGAACGCUGUAAUGUACUGCAUCCUUUUAUCUGCUAUGCAGAGGAAAAGAGAAAACAAAUCAUCAGACUAAAAUUGUCCUGUGCUGGAAAAUGCCAACUGAAUGAUCCUUCACUACAGACUGCCAUUCUGAAUCAGAUCACUGAAACAUUAAUAAGCAUGGGACUGGAAAGUGACAGCACAAUAAACGUGAGAAAUGGGGGCGUUGAAGAGGUGUUUCAUCUGGAGAACAAUGGUGUGGAAAAUUCAAAAAGAAAAUGUAAAAGGUAUCCUUAAUGCACUGUGAAAAUUUAAACGAUGUGAAGAAACAAUAUUGCUUUGAGGCACUAGAAAUAUUACUAGUAGUAGUACUUUUAUAUAGUAUGUACUACAUUAACUACAUUACUCAAUCUAUCCCAGCUGUAGAAAUAUUCGCAUUUUUACAAGACAAGUUAGAAAGUAAUGAAUUUAGUUCAAUUAAAUUCCACUUCAGGAUGUUUAUAGAUUUUUUCUUGUAAAAUAAUUUAUAAUCUUAUAGGUUGCCAUUCUGUUGUUGCUUUGGCUGUUGAAAUGUUGGGUUUUGGGUGACCUGUCACUUUAAUAGUUCUCUGUGAUAACAUCUAGUGGCUUAAUAUAGGCACCUUGACAUCAAUAUAUAAAUAUAUACUUAGCACAUCGCUAUGAUAUUUUAAACUUCUGCAUUCCUAGAGAUUCACAUCCCAUUCAUUUUACAAAAUAGGAAAGUCUCAUAGGAAAUGUAAUAACCCCAAAUAUCCUUUACAUAAAUUCGAUGUAGACGUAAUGUUGAUAUUCAUUACUGAUUAACUGUAUGAAAGCAUCGACAUGACUCAUACACACAUUUAAGAUGUGUUUAUCCUCUAUUAGGGGGUCUAUCAUGUGAAGAUGUACACACUACAGAAUAAAUUGUAUUUUCUGUUUCAGUGUGAAAUGUCUGUUUUGUUUCAGGGUUAUUUUGGUGUUGUCUUUUUGUACUGUUGGUGGUUCUGUGGUGAUUUAUUUUUUUGAAAGGUGCCCAUUAUCUGUG